AUGGCUUUAACUACCGUUGUGACAGUGGUGGCCGGAGUGGCUGCCAUAACCACAGCCUUCAGUAUUAUCCUCGUUGGUUAUCUUAUCAAUGAUAUCAACAGCUUCUAUGAUGAUGCUAUCGAACAGCUUACUGAUUUCAAGGACAUGGCCAAUUCGGCUUGGCAUGAAAUGAGGCCAUCUCCACAAGAGGCUCUCCGUCAAGCACGCUCCAUCCACCGUCCACGUCGUCAGUACCCCGAACACUGCAACUGCGCACCACAACCGGAAGCCUGUCCAAUAGGACCUCCAGGGCCUCCCGGACCUGAAGGCGCGCCCGGUGAACCUGGAUUGCCAGGAGAACCCGGUAAAAAAGGUCUUGAUGGAAUAUCGAUCUCAGGUGGGCUUGGCGAAGCGGGUUGUAUCAAGUGCCCAGUGGGCCCACCAGGACCACCGGGCGAGGAAGGUCCUCCUGGACCACCGGGACCGGAUGGAAUGCCUGGCCUUGGUGUCUCUGCACCUGGAGUUGGAAUGCCAGGACCUCCCGGACCACCAGGUGAUGCCGGACUACCCGGAGAACCAGGAGAGCCUGGCCCCCCAGGAAUGCCUGGAGCAGAUGGCCAAUCAGCCGCUGGAUUACCUGGACCUCCUGGACCUCCUGGGCCGGAGGGUCCUCCUGGCGAGGCUGGACAAGAAGGUGAACCAGCAGAUGUUGGGCUUGCUGGGCCUCCCGGACCUCCUGGACCCCCUGGCAAUCCAGGAUUGCCUGGACCGGAUGGUCUCCCAGGAGAACCUGGUUCGGAGGGUGUACCUGGCCGUGAUGCCGCCUACUGUCCUUGUCCAGAAAGAAGUGCUACAUUCUUGAAAAGGAGCGCUGGAGUGAAAGCCUAUAAGGCAACGCCUAAGCGUCAAGCAUCAAGUCAACGAGUUGUAAAACGACGAAUUGCCAGGACGGUGCACGACGCGAGGAGGAAGGCAGGACUCGCAUAG